AUGGAUCUUGGCUCUGGAACUGUCAAUUUUUACGGUUCUUGCCCGGGAGGCUUGAUGAAAAAAUUGCUCAGAGAAAACUUUGAGCAGGUGCAAAAGAUAAAAUCGCUGCAAACGACCUAUGCGAAGGAUGCGCUCUAUGGAUGCUUAUAUGGCUGUGGCGGGGACUUGAGCAUCGCCAAUAAUUUCAUCAGUGCUAUAGACUCACUCGAUAAGCUGUCCAUCAACAACUUCGAGAAAGAUGUGUCUAUGCUUUGGCCUGUGAUAUACCGCCAUGCACAGUCUUUGAAGAGCUUGUCGCUUCACUCGACACCUGAAUAUUACAACUUCAUUACCGUGACGCCAGCGAUAGCAAGAAGGAUCGUCGCUGGAUUUCCCCAUCUCACGCACCUGACUGUGGAUAUCAGCGCUCGGGAAGCUGAGAGGUUGUUUGAAGAGGCCACUGGUUCUUCCGACCGCGGCCAGCCGCAAGAAAGCACAGCGAUCGACGAAUUGGUGAAGAUGGAUCGUCUCAAGGAGAUACGGCUGGCCGUCAAUCUGGAUGACAAAGCGUCCGCUUUCGCAGGAGAAAAUAAAUAUGACGUGAUGGGUAGCAAGUCAUUUCCCAAUGUCAAUGUCGAAAACACUCUAGUCUUGGCUCGGGCCAUUUUCAACAAAUUUCGCGAAGUCAGCGCACAAUCUUCCCUUGAGAAGGUGGCGAUUCGAUUUUCUCGUCACUGCUUUUCCGACCGUUUCCAAUAUGACAUUGUAAUGACCACUAUAUCAGUGGUAAAGGACGGACCGGAUUUCAAGACGGAGGGAGACGGUAGAUGGGACUGGGAUCCCGAAAGGGUAUCAAUGGGACUUUGGAAUCAAAUUGUACAGGCCGACAGUGAGAUUACUAGGCGGGCUGACUGA